AUGGUAGUCUAUAGAAAUCGAGGAAUUGUGUUGUAUCAUUUGGACUCGGUGGAGCUGCAGAGUUGAUGAAGAUCAUUCAAAUGUUUUUCAAUUAUUGUGAUUGAAUUUUGUUAUUAGUGUACUGUUGUCACAUGUGACACUGGAAUUAUUGACGAAUAUAUUUGGGUUUCGUUGCACUUGUCCUCGGAGAGGAGCCAGAUGUAUUUGUGUAUUUUCAUGUUGAUGGUUGAGAUUAUAGUUCUGUGAUUUGUGAAUUGCUUUUUUUUUUGUUGUGCUGUUGAAUCAGCCGGAUGUGAUUCGUGGGUAUUGCCAAGGAAAACAAACAUUACCAAGUGUUAUUCUUGGACGGAACACGGGGGGUCAGUGAUGUGGAGGAUGCAGGAGGGUAGAACACUGUCACCCCUCGCUGAAAUAGGACCGGUAGCUUGUUUAGGUGAGGAAGUCAAUCUGCGGGCGGUAGUGCCACAUCAGGAGAGGAGACGUGUAUUGUUGCAUGUGAGAACUGGUGAGACAUUUUGCAGUUACGAUAAACAACAAAUGCGAUCGUCUGGUGUUGCCAUUGCCACAUCGAUUGACGAGACUAUCGGGGCAAUGGAUGAUGAUGAUGAGGGCGGGAGAAUAAAACACUGUGAGGAGAGUGUUUCGGUUAAUGAGAGGAGUGAUGAUGAUGAAUCAGAGGAUGAGGAUGACGGUGAUAUGGAUCAUGUUGAUGAUGUUGUGAAUCGGAAUGGGAGUAGACGAAUUAGCAGGGAGAAUGGUGAGGAUGAGGAGGUGCAUCAUCGCGGUGAGCAGAAUGGAAACUAUCAGGAUGAUGAGGAGAUCGAGGUGGAUGUCUGCCGUGAACAUGACAGCAAUCCUAGUAGUCCGGUAGAUUUGACGGCCUCGUCGAGGAGCUCCAGCGAUCAGUUCAAUCCAUUUCUCAAUCGCAGUGUCAAUGUUCAUGCUCUUGCGUGUUUACAGACUGCUGGAGGAAUUCAUGGUGAUCUUGUUAAUGGUGCUAGUGUUAUUGGUAAUUCAGCGACGGCCGGUGGGGGAUUCAUUGGUGGACAUGCAACUGGUUCCGUGGGAUCAUCCAUUUGCAAUGUGGGGGGACACUUGGCUAGGGGUAAUAAUGGGGGUAAUUGUAUCAGUAAUACGUCCGGUGCGGUGACAGGGAGCAAAAGGGGACUUGCCUUUUCGGUGGAAAAUAUUCUCGAUCCUAAUAAAUUCACCGGCGGACGGGUUCAUGAUAGGAUUCAUGAUAGAAUUCAGCAUAGGAGAAGAAGGAGGAGAACUGGAAGUGUACACGAAGAUGGUGACUCGAGGGGGGAGUUCGCCAGUGGAAGUGGUCAGGAGGACGAAGUGCAGGACCAGGUGGAGGAUAUGGAGGAAGAGGCGGACGAGGACGAUGAGGAUGAUGAGGAUGUGGAGAUGCAGGUGGAUCAGGGACGGGAGACUCCCAUCGCAGCGAGGGACACGACGUCCAAUGGUUCAGCGAGUAGCAAAAAACGAUCAUCAUCGUCAACCUCCUCCAGCAAUGGUCAGGCUCAAUCCUGCGGCCAGAGUUCCCAGAAUGGUGGUGGUGGUGGGUCGGGGAAUUCGGGGAGCACUGGUGGUAAACCGAGACGAGCGAGAACGGCCUUUACUUAUGAGCAAUUGGUGGCACUGGAGAACAAGUUCAAGACAACGAGGUACCUGUCAGUCUGCGAACGACUGAAUCUAGCUCUGUCGCUCUCGCUGACGGAGACACAAGUGAAGAUUUGGUUUCAAAAUCGCCGGACCAAGUGGAAGAAGCAGAAUCCUGGGCUUGAUGUCAAUAGUCCAACAGUGCCAACGACACCACCUCAUCCCUCGCCGUAUGGUCCAGCCUUCCUCUUCGCCACACAUCCACACAGCCAUCCGCAUGCCCAUGCCCAUCCUCAUCAACAUCCUCACAGUCAUGUACAUCAUCCACCACCACCACCACCUCCACCACCUGGUUAUUACCAUCAUCCGGGUGCUUAUCCACCCGCUGGGCCCACCUUCUUCGGCCAUCACCUGACAACACCUGUCUCAGCACCAAACGUCGUUACCUCUUCUGCACCUACCUCCACAGGUUUAUCAUUAUCAGCGCAUGUAGCACACGCACACGCACAUCCGCACGCGUAGCGCCCUCCGUAGAUCAUCAUAUAAAAAAGAAAUUUGAGGUGAGAAUUUUUUUAUGGAACUGGUGAUGGAUUGUCGAUUCACAGGCGACAGCUUCCAAGAUCAUCAGCAGCUCAUCGGCUGAUGAUUCGGCUAAUCACUGAGCUGUCAUCAUAUGUUGGAGACGCAUGAGGUGAACUGCAAAAAAGUACAAGGAAAAUUUGGGAAAUAUUCUGGAAGCUGGUUGGCCAAGUGCUUUCCGCAUCACGGGACAUCACGUGCAGUCUGCCAAAAUGACGGAAGACAGACAUUUGGUGGCUGGCUUUCUGCCCGUUACACCCGGCAAUCGAGAAACUGUUCCCUGUUUACUACCUGAUUACUCACUUGAAAUCAACGUCCGUGAUCCCUCUGUGCAAGCACACGAGCUUCCUCUGCCCUUGUUUGGACGUACAACAUCGAUCACAGCAUCGGAAAGUGAUUGGAAAGCUAGAUAGACCAACAGUAACGAGCGGAUGCUUCACCGACGUCUAAUUGAAUGGUUAUGAUCAUUUUUCGUUCUGAUUUUUAGAAUAUCGAGUCCCGGUGAAUUACAACGAUUGAUCAGGUCAUCGUCAGACGAUAAAGUUUUAUGUACGAAGAUGAACAAUGUGUGAUAAGAGAUAUAAAAGUAGUUGAGAUAUUGGAAGGUGAAUGGUUUUAGGUAGUGAGGACUAAUCGUUUCAUUACCUGGAAAAUUGUAAAAUAAAUGCCAAUACGUUACGCUUGUAAAUAUUUAUGCAAAA